AGAAAAAGACAGACAUGGCAGAAGAAGCUCCAGCAGUUCCCGCGGCGAAAGCCCCGGCCAAAGCCCCAAAGAAGAAGGCAGCUCCCCGGGCAAAGAGUGACGGACCCUCCCUCCCGAAGCUCAUCCUCGACGCCGUGACUGAGUCCAAGGACCGUAAAGGCACCUCGCUUCCGGCUAUCAAAAAAACGUUGGCUACUAAAGGCAUCGACCUGGAAAAGUCCAACAAACGCAUCAACACCGCGGUGAAGAAGCUGGUGACCGACGGAAAGUUGGUCCAGAAUAAAGGGAUUGGGGCUUCCGGAUCCUUCAAGCUCCCCAAGGCUCAGCCUAAAGCCGCCAAAACAGGCAAGAAAGCUCCCGUUAAAGUGAAGAAGCCCGCGGCCAAGUCCCCGCAGAAGAAAACGGCAGCUAAGAAAACGGCAGUAAAGAAGACUGCAGCCAAGAAAACCGCCGCUAAGAAACCAGCAGUCAAGAAGCCAGCAGCGAAGAAGUCUCCUGUGAAGAAAACUGCCAAAAAGCCAGCAGUCAAAUCUACUCCCAAGAAGGCUGCCCCGAAAAAGGUCGCAAAGAAGAAGACCCCUGUGAAGAAAGCUCCGGCAAAGAAAGCUGCAGCGAAGAAGUCCAAGAAGUAAAGUGGCUCUUUAAUCUGCACUCAGUGCACCAAAAGGCUCUUUUAAGAGCCACCACACAUUCACGAGAGAGCUGUUUUCCUAC